AUGGACCUUUCCACUUUGGCAGCCAUCUUGGACGCCCGCCAAGAACAGAGCUUUUGGCUGGGCGGGAUCAUCACCGCAGACCACCCAACCGAGGUCGAAUUUGCUACGGGGCUGGUGUCCCCUAGCGCCGUGUCGCAGCAAGGAACCAUCGAUGCGAAUCAGUGUGUGCAGUAUAACUCCUUUGCCGGUGCAUUGCAAACGAAAGCCUGCCACAAACCUCGCUUUUUUGUGUGCGAGCGUCCAGCCCCUAGCCAGUACUGCCCCAGCGUCAGCACCUCUGGCCCGCCUGCUUACUUCUACAUGAUGCCGCCUGGUCGGUACAGCCACGACGAGGCUACCACCGCUUGCCGUGACCUGAGUCAUGAAUUGGCUGCCCCCCCCCGCGAUCAAGCCGAGCUCGAUAGCCUGGUUGACAACCUGGUGCGCGAUGGUGUCCGCCCGUUUGCCGAUCUGUGGGUCGGCAUGCAGGUCGAGGGUAAUGAUCAGCUCGUCUAUGCGGACGGCGCCCCCGUCAACGUGGAAAGCUUUGUCAACGCCGACGUACAACUGCGCUAUCGCAGCUGCGGCGUGGCGCGUGUUGAGCCUGCGUACAGUGACUUUGACGCCCCAAUUGCCCAGCUCCGCACAGACCGUUGCAAUCGGUCGGCUACGUGCCUGGUUCUCGCCACAACCACCACUUCCACCACGACCACAUCGACAACCAGCACAACGACCACAUCGACAACUAGCACAACGACCACAACGACAGAGCCCAUCACAUAUGUCGGGACCAUUUCCUGUGACUUGAGCGUGGUGCCAGACGGAGUGCAGGUGGUGCAGGGGAGCAUCAUCAUGCACAACUGCGGCUCAUUGGCGCCAGCCACCUUGCAAAAGAUGAACGCCUUGAUGCACGUGACGGAAAACAUCAGGCUGACGAGCUUGACCUUGACCAAUGUGGACUUUUUGGGCAGCUUGGAAUCUGUGCUUGGCUACGUUCGCUUCCAGGACCACCCAAAGCUGACCGACCUGGAUGGUCUGUCAAGCCUUACUAGUGUCGGCGGAUACUUCUACCUUCAUGCGAGUCCAUCGUUAACAAACAUGGAUGGGCUCGGCAACCUCGCCACCAUUGGGAACUACGUGUACAUGAAUAUGAACAACAUGUUGACAAAUGUGGACGGCUUUAAUAGCCUAACCUCCAUUGGUGGCAAUGUGUUUUUUGCGACCAACCCAAAGAUCACCAACUUGGAUGGCCUUGGCAGCCUUACUUCAAUCAGGGACUACCUUUCCGUCUCUUACAAUCCGUCACUUCCCAACGUGGAUGGCUUGAGUAGCCUAACUUUUGUCGGGGCAAAUGUUACGAUUACGAGCAACUAUGCGCUGACCAACAUUGAUGGCUUUGGCGGUUUGACAUCCAUCGACCAACACCUCUACAUCAACGCAAGAGCUUUGCGUGUGGGAAACACCGCACUGGCCGAUGUCGACGGUUUUGGUGGGCUGACCUCGAUUGGCAAGUCAAUCCGGUUCUGCUACAAUCUUGCAUCGAAUCUUCAAGAAGUUCAAGCUGUUUUGCAGCCGCUGGGCACUUGCCAUGUCUUUAGCCUGACAAACUCGUGCCCCACCUGUUGA